AUGUCAGGCCCAAAGCAAAAUCGAAGAGACCUAACCAACGAUGAGAUUCCCUUGUUCGAGCUGCUCAAAUCGACCCUUUCCGGUCUAGAUGAUAUCAAUGUAUUCGCCUUCUCAGGAAGGAUUCCACUCAAAGAAGAUGAGAAGGAGUUAUUGCGUUCGUUCCCUUUGAGUGAUCUAGAUGCUCAGGAGAUAUAUGAUGGUGCAAUCCCAUACGAGAAAGAUGGGAAGCCGUUGGGUGGUCGGAUUCUGACGGCCGAGAAGUUUGGUCUCAUCGGAGUACCUAACAUUCCCUCAUGGGUCCUAAAUCGUGUAUCCGGUCAAUAUUCAUCUCCCAUUGAAUAUCGUUUGGAAGGGCUAUUCGCUUUAGGCGUAGGAGAUACUAUAGUGCUACCAAAUGACAAAUCUACGGAAUAUGGUGAAGAAUACACGGGUGGAGAGUUGGUUAUCUCAAAGCCCGAAAACACAGAGGAUGGUGUGGUAUUAUCAAGUACGAUCGAUUGGUCGUCCAUAGACGGUGAAGAGUGGCACAUCAAAUACUUGAACCAACAAGUUGGGAAAGAUGUUAUCAAGCAAAGAUUGUUGGGAAUAAUCAAUGAUGGAAGUACCUUGAAAGAAGGUGGAAGGAUUGGAUUUGGAUUGAAUGGGUAUUAUGAUAACUGGGUAGAAGAGUUAGAGAAAGAGGAUGAGGCUGCGAAUGAGGAUAUAGACGAAUUUGAAGAACAAGAAGAGGAAGUAGAGGCAAACGAUUCCGAGACUGAAGAAGAGCAGUUGGAAAGAUGGUCAAAGAAGUACCAACCGAAACCACCUCGAAGUAUCACAUCCGAAGAGGAAGCAAGGCUCAUCAGUGAGCUGCCUGGUAAGUUGAUGGGUGUCGACAAGCUUUUGUUGGAUACCCUCUCGGAGACGGGCCUAAAUUGGCACUUCGAAGGAGUUUACAGUUCUCCUUCUGAUGAUGAGGAUGAUGUCGACGAAGUGAAGGAGGAAGUUUCUGAACCUGAUGUUGUGGAUGGAGACGAUGGAGGAGCGGUAGAAGAAGCGGUUGAGGGAAAUGAAAAACUCGAAGAUCCCAGCAAGCAAACAGAUAUGUGGACUUCUACCUCUUUAUACGCGAUCCAAGGUGAAACCAUCUCCGACUCCCGAUCUGUCCGAAAAGCUUUACUUGAAAAAGGUGUGAAAAAGGAUGAUAAUAUCUGUUGGAUCAACAUCCCCACUUAUUAUAACAAUGAGUGCUGGUAUAAGCAUGAAGUUAACAAGGAGGAUCAAGAUGAGUCUGAUUGGGAUACAGCUGUUUACAACACUGUGUCAGUCGGUGUAGCAAUUAUAAUCGAAUUGCCUUCGAAAGUCUAG